AUGAGCUCUCUGACCAUUGCAACUGUGCAUGAUUCAAAUUUGGCUUGGCUUUCGCUUAGUUUGACCACCUUUUUGUUCCUUUUUCUUGACGCUGAUGGUCAAAAUCCAUGCCUAACUAAUGCUGCCAUGUGUAAUUACAAUAAGUUACCGUCAUUGCUGCCACGUUUACGUUACUCACGUUUACUCGUUUUGGGAUCACGUAGCUAUGGUGACAGAGCUGCUAGUACUGGAAAUGUUUACAGCAAUGAACAAAUAGUUAAUCCUUCAAAUAUUGAAAAAUUUGACUUGAGAGAAAACAGUUCACCAGGAACCAAUCCCUAUAGUACAGGUGCUAGUUACCCAGUAAAUGCACUGAAACCUCUAACUCAGAAUCAGUUAGCAGUGCCACCAAUAACAAAUACCAUGCAAACUGCAUACCAACUACCAAAUUAUGAUAAUCGCCCGUUAAGUAAUAUUUAUGGUGUGAAUGAAGGAAAUUGGCAACGUACAGGUAAUUUAAAUAGUCAACGUUUUGAAAAAGGGAAGGAAGGUUCUAAUGUCUAUGGAUCUUCGGUGACAAAUAGUGAGGACGAUGACUUAGAACCUGAUUUCGAACAUCCCAAACCAAAUUUCAAUUAUGGGGCACAACCCAUUGUUGAUGAAUUCAAUAAAUAUCAUCCUCAAAGUUAUAUUCAGCCUCAACCUCAACCUCAGUUUCAACCUCAACCUCAACUUCUACCUGAACUUCAACCUCAAUUGCCCUCUGCAUCCCAAUCACAGCAGCAAUAUUACUACCAACAACCACUUAAUAUGCAACGUUUCAGCACUGAUAAUUUUGGAAUAAAUAACUGUGGUCAGGCAAUCACAUUUGGAAGAUGUCAAUCACCUCAGGGAUACUACACCGGGAAUAACUUUGGAAUGCCUCAUCAAAUACCUCAAACAAGUAAUGCAUGGAGUAGACGUUGUUGUUGUUGGCAUAAAUUUGGUAGCAGUGGUUAUUAUGGUACACAUGGUUUACCAUAUGACAAAGGUUACAGUGGAGAUGCAACAAAAGAAUCACCCAUAUCAUCAUUAAAUUCAGAUGUAUCCACAGGAUAUUAUACUGGUGGAGAAGGUGCUAGAAGCUAUAAUUGGAAUGGCAUUAGACGACAAAGUUUGUCAAGUGUCUCUCAAAUUCCUGCAGUGAAUGAAUCCUUAAUUGUGAACCUUUUGAAGCCUAUGAUGAGUGAUAAAGUAGAAGGCGAGUUUCCUUCAGGUAUUUCCAUUGGUGUCGCAGAUAUGAGUGAGAUUAAAAACACGAGUAACCAAGAUGUGGAUGCUAAUCCUUCUGCACUGAAUCGAACAAAGCUGUUUGGAAAGCGGAAAGCAAACGUACUUGGCGUGUAUUCUCAAUUAGAACCUUAA